CUUCCCGAACUGCGGGGAGCUUGGCGGGCUGUCGCUGCAAGCCGGGAGUAGGCCGCAGAGGUCGCGAGUUCAGGCGUCCCGACUGCCGUGUGGCUGUCGCGAUGUUUUUCUCCCAGGCCGGGGCCCGGCCGCGGACGUGGGAAGCCAGCCAGUCGGAACACAAGAAGUGGGUGGAAGUAUUUAAAGCAUGCGAUGAAGAAAACAAAGGCUAUCUAAGCAGAGAGGACUUUAAAAUUGCUGUUGUAAUGCUGUUUGGAUACAAGCCCUCCAAGAUAGAAGCUGAUUCUGUGAUGUCCUCAGUAGAUCCAAACACUUCCGGGAUAUUACUUAAGGAGUUUUUAGACAUUGUAAGGAAAAAGAAGGAAGCUCAACUAUAUCGGAAUGAAAUAAGACACAUCUUCACAGCUUUUGACAGGCACUAUCAUGGAUAUUUAACUCUGGAAGAUUUCAAGAAAGCAUUUAAGCAGGUGGCUCCCAAGUUAUCGGAAAGGAUUAUUCUCGAGGUAUUCAGGGAAGUAGAUCAAGACUCAGAUGGUCAUGUCAGCUUUAAAGACUUCGAAUAUGCCAUGAACUACGGACAAAACUGGAGUGGAGUCAAGCCCCAGGGUGACCUUGGACCCUACCUGUUGAAGAUGGCAGAGCCUCAAGCCGCUGGGUCCCUUGAAUGAGUGUGUGAAGGAAGGUCACCUAGCAACCAGGAUGGCCCCUGUCAAAUGGCUACAGGUAGAUGUAAGAAGCAAAUGUAUAUUGUGGUUGGCCUCUGAAAUUUGGGGUUUGUUUAUUAUGGCAGCUAGCUUCUUAGGCAAUUUGCAUUAUCUUAACCAAUAUGGUCAUUUAAUUUGAAGAAGUGGGGAAAAAGCAACUAACAUAAGAAUAGAGGUUACCAGGUGCACUGACAAGGGCUAACAGGACAGUUCCCAUCAAGACUAUGGAUUUCGGCACCAGACUGCAGGAUUGAAAGCCAGUUCUGCCAUUUACUGGGUAUAUAACUUUAGGCAAGUGUAUUAGUUGGGGUUCUCCACAGAAACAGAACCAGUAGGAUGUGAUACAUAUGUAGAAAGAGAUUUAUUUUAAGCAAUUGACUUAUGUGAUUGUGGAGGGUUGGCAAGUCCAGAAUCUGAUGGGGGAGGCCAACAGGCUGGAGACACAGGAAAGAGUUGCACUUCAAAUCCAAAGGCAGUCUGUUAGUGAACCAGGAAGGGCCAGUGCUGCAGAUGGAGUCCACAGGCAGUCUGCUGGUAGAAUUUCUUCUUGCUUAGAGAGAGGUUAGCUUUUCGUUCUUUUCAGGCCUUCAGCUGAUUGGAUGAGGCCCGCCCAGCAUUAUUGAGGGCAAUCUGCUUGGCUCAAAGUCCACUGCUUUAAAUGUAAAUCUCAUCCAAAAACACUCUCAUAGAAACAUCCAGAAUAAUGUUUGACCAAAUAUCUGGGCACCAUGGCCCAGCCAAGUUGACACAUAAAAGCAACCAUCAUAGGAAGUUAAUCUCCCAGUGCCUCAGUGUUCUCAUCUGUAAAAUGGAGAUAAUAAAAGAACCUAUCCUAGUGGGUGAACAUGAAGGCUAAAUGAAUCAAUGCAUGUGUUUAGAAUAGUGUCUGCACAUAGUGCUCAGUGAGUGUUUGCUCUUGACUAUUAUUAUUAUUAAUUAGUAUUGUCAUAGGCUUUGGCUGUAUGCUUCUCUCUGAUGAAAACGCUAAGAAAAAAUGUAAGCAGGGCCACCAAGAGUAACAGCAUUGUUUGGCUGGGAACGCCAGUAAUGUGAUGAGAGACUUCACACAUUAAAAUUCUCAUAAUGUAGAAAAUGGAGACUUGCAUACUCACAUUUGCAGGCUAUAUUGGCCAGUUCUUCAUUAGUCAGUGGCUAUUUUUUUCUUGUUAUUCCAUGAAUAAAUUUUAAUAUAUUCAACUUUCCCCAUAAACUGCUUAUUUACUGUUCAUAUUAAUGCAAUAUAGCAAAAACAUUUACAUGACUGGAAUCUUUUGCAGUCUACUAGAGCAUUUCUCUUGCAUUUCUUUCCCUUCAUUUCUGGUGAGAAAAUUCAUUUUUGCUCUACAUGUUUUUGAAUUAACUGUCACUCCUCAGGAAUGCAAUAUCAGCAUAAAUCAAGAAGCUGAUGUAGAGUGGAAUGAUUAAGAAUCUGGCUUGUGGUUGGGCAAAAUUGGGCGUGAGCCUUUCCAAGCCCUGGCUUCUUCACAGAGUGUUGUUGUGAGGACGGAAUGGUGAGUCUCAGCACAGUGCCUGGCCCUCAGGAAGCACUCGAUGAAUGGGAACUGUGAUGAUUCCUUUCAUUAGGAAUUCUCUGUAUUGUUGUUACAAUGUUCCGCCUUGCGCUGGGGAGACCUAGCAUCCUGGGUCCCUGAAUGACUGUGUGGAGGAAGCAACCAGGAUCACCACUGUCAAACUGUUACACAUGCAAGGAGUAAACUAUUGUGGUUAAACUUUUAAAUUUGAGGUUUGCUUAGAAUUCCAAAGGAUGCAUGCACCUAUUCACAAUAGCCAGGACAUGGAAGCAGCCUAAAUGUCCAUUGACAGAGGAAUGGAUAAAGAAGAUGUGGUAAUAUAUACAGUGGAACAUUACUCAGCUAUAAAAAGGGACAAAAUAGUGCUAUUUGCAGAGAUGUGGAUGGACCUAGAGAUUGUCAUACAGGGUGAAGUAAGUCAGAAAGAGAAAAACAAAUAUCAUAUAACAUCGCUUAUAUGUGGAAUCUAGAAAAAUGGUACAGAUGAACUUAUUUGCAAAGCAGAAAUAGAGUCACAGAUGUAGAGAAAAAACUUACAGUUACAAAGGGGGGAAGGGGAGAUGGGAUGAAUUGGGAGAUUGGGAUUGACAUAUAUACACUACUAUGUAUAAAAUAGAUAACUAAGGAGAACAUACUGUAUAGCACAGGGAACUCUACUCAGUGCUCUGUGGUGACCUAAAUGGGAAGGAAAUAUAAAAAAGAGUGGAUAUAUGUAUAGGUAUAACUGAUUCACUUUGCUGCACAGAAGAAACUAACACAACAUUUUAAAGCAACUAUACUCCAAUAAAAAUUAAUGAAAAAUAAAUAAAUUUGGGGUUUGCUUAUUAUAGUACCCAGCUUGUUAGGCACAGUGCCUCACCUUAACCCAGUGGUCCCCAACCUUUUUGGCACCAGGGACCGGUUUUGUGGAAAACAGUUUUUCCACAGAUGGGGAGGGGAUGGUUCAGGCAGUAAUGUGAUAGAUGGGGAGCAAUGGGGAGCAGCAGCUGCCACUCAUUUCCUGCUGUGCGGCCUGAUUCCUAACAGGCCGAGGACCACUAUGGGUCCACAGCCCGGGGAUUGGGGACCCCUGCCUUAACCAGAAUGGUCAGUUAAUAUUCAAGAAGGUCACUGGCCAUUCGUGAUAUCCUCUCCACCUCCACAGGCUUCAAAGGCCUUGAGCUGCUAUAGAAAGUGUCUGCUACACAGCUUGUUUACUCUCUGUAUCUACUAGCCAGUGUCAAUGCUUCUCUUCUUAUGGAAAUG